AUGACGUAUGACGAAACACUUGCCUGGCCGAAUGCACGAUGCUCGAAGGGUGCACGCAACAGCGAGGUGGCAAGGGCAGCGUUCUUUGCUACAACGGGGUUUCAAGAGCUGCCCCUCGAAGCGCGGAUCGCCGCUGGCGCACCCGCGCCGGGCUCUAAUCCUCUAGCCGCGGAUCUCUCCGCUCCCGCCGCUUCCGCCGGUCCCGCCGCGCCAGCGAAUGGCAAAGAGCGGAAAAAGAAUGCGUCUAAGGAGGGGGUACUUUCGGCAGCAGGAGGCGGAUCGACGGGCGGGAAGGGGGAAUUUGAGCCGUACGUCGGCGCGAAGCUGUUUGAGGAGCUGCCUAUAUCGAAGCGAACGAUGAAGGGACUGAAGGAUUCGGAGUACGUCCACAUGACGGCCAUCCAGCGGGCUGCUAUCCCCCAUGCGCUGUGCGGGAGAGACGUGCUGGGAGCGGCCAAGACAGGGUCUGGCAAAACCCUCGCGUUCAUUAUACCUCUGUUGGAGAAGCUGCAUCGGCAGCGCUGGUCGCACAUGGACGGCGUGGGGGCCAUAAUCAUAUCGCCCACGCGGGAGCUUGCCACCCAGAUCUUUGGCGAGCUCAAGAAGGCCGGCCGGCACCACCCGUUCUCGGGCGGCUUGCUGAUUGGCGGGCGGGCGGGGAGCGUGGAGAAGGAGAGGGAGCGCGUGCAGUCGCUCAACAUCCUUGUCUGCACGCCUGGUCGUCUGCUGCAGCACAUGGACGAAACACCCAACUUUGACGCGUCUAAUCUCCAGAUGUUGGUUCUGGAUGAAGCCGAUCGCAUUCUAGACCUGGGAUUCGCAGCAGCACUCAACGCCAUUAUUGCCAAUCUGCCUCCGCCCCCCCACCGCCAAACGCUCCUCUUCUCCGCCACGCAAACCAAGUCUGUGCGCGACUUGGCUCGCCUCUCCCUCUCCUCGCCCGAGUAUCUCUCUGUGCACGCCGAGGCGAGGGAAGCGACGCCGUUGCGUCUGCAGCAGACGGUGAUGGUCGUGGAAGCUUCUCAGAAGCUGGACGUGCUGUGGAGCUUCCUGAGGAACCACCUGCAGAAGAAAACGGUCGUUUUCCUCAGCAGCUGCAAGCAGGUGAAGUUUGUGUUUGAGGCCUUCCGAAGGCUAAGACCUGGAAUCGCUCUGAAGCUGCUGCAUGGGCGGAUGAAGCAGAUGACCCGCCUCGCCUCCUUCCAUGACUUUUGCGAGUCUGACCAUGCAGUGCUGUUUGCCACGGAUGUUGCUGCUAGGGGGCUCGACUUCCCUGCUGUCGACUGGGUCGUGCAGGCGGAUUGUCCUGAUGACGUGGCAACAUACAUCCACCGAGUCGGCCGCACGGCCAGGUUCAAUGCAUCUGGACGCUCGCUGCUGCUGCUCGCCCCCUCAGAGAAAGCCAUGCUGCCGCUACUAGAGGCAGCCAAGAUCCCAUUCUCCCUCACCAAGGCCAAUCCAGCCAAGAUGCAGCCCAUAGCCCAGGCGCUGGCAGCGCUACUCUCAAAGGACUCUGAGAUCAAGUAUCUGGCACAGCGGUCCCUUGUCACCUACUUAAGAUCCGUGCACCUCCAGGUAUGA